AAGUUCGAACCCCUGCGCCAUACCCUAUGAGGAUCCCAGCAAUGGAUAACUUACCUACUACCCUCACCGGGGGGUCUUGGAGCUGGCGAUAUUCUCCAAUUGAAUGUUCGUCAACCUUCCUCGUGAUCUUCCUCUCACUUUCUUAGUUUGCUUAAGGAUUUCAUUUUCGUUCAUUCAUCCGUCAACUUGGACCGCCAGAUAGACCAAGGCGAAUAGGAAAAUAGACGGAGCUGCUGGGUCAGCCACAGAUGAAUUCAGUAGCGAUAGCACCUAAGACAAACUUCGAGGUCGAUCUAUAAUUUUUACGUCGUAGUGAAUCCAUGCGGGGAUUCAGACGGUAGUCUUAACUGCUCCCGCCCUGCCAGAGAUGGCAGCCCGACUCAUCUUAUUCUUUCAAUUCCUUCACUUAAUAAUAGGAGCUUACGGCGAUGUCUCUACCCUCGAACGCCGGACUGACCUUUACGUCAAAUUACCUGUCGUACAUUCUACGAACAAAAAGGUAUUCUCAGAUUUUGGGGACAGGCGAGCGAUAACCACCGUGCCCCUUGCCAAUCGAUCAGAUGUAGCAUAUUAUGCGCAGCUCGAUAUUGGCACGCCGGCACAACAGGUUUAUGUCCAAUUAGAUACCGGCUCGUUCGAAUUAUGGGUAAAUCCCGACUGCUCAGAUCUCCAGGGCUCCGCAGAUAUCAAAUUUUGCCAGGCGGUGGGACAUUACACGCCGUCAUCCUCAUCUAGCGCCAACCAAAUGACCGGUACAAAGACAUUGCGGUAUGGCAUCGGUAGCGCCCAGGUCCAGUAUGUGGCGGAUGACAUUGGCCUUGCGGGCACGAACUCAAAGUUGAAAGGGGUUCAGUUUGGAGUUGCUAUGGAUACGGUUGAUGAAUUUGCUGGUAUUCUGGGAAUUGGUCACGGAUUCAACGUUACGAUUAACUACAAGAAUUUCAUAGACGAGUUGGCGGCGCAAGGGGUGACCGGGACGAAAGCGUUUAGCUUAGCACUCGGCAGUAAAGAUGAGCAAGAGGGUGUUGUCAUCUUCGGCGGACUGGACACUGGCAAGUUCACCGGUCCUCUCCAAACGCUACCGAUCAUCCCCGCGGCACAAUCUCCAGACAAGGUCCCUAGGUAUUGGGUCAACAUGACAUCCUUGAGCCUCACCCCGCCGAGCGGCCAGAACAAAGUGUACGAGAACAGUACGAUGGCGGUUUUCCUAGACAGCGGCGCCACCCUCACCCUACUGCCGACGAAUCUAGCGAACUCGAUCGCGGCAGACUUCGGCGCCUCCGCUACGGACGCCAAUGGAUUCUACCCGGUCGACUGCUCCCUGAACGAUCUGCAGGGCAGCCUCAACUUCGCUUUCAACGGCGUCAUGAUCAAGGUACCGUACAACGAGCUCGUCAGAGAACUCGCGACGGGGUUCGGAACGCAGUGCUUUUUGGGCAUCAGCCCGAGCGACGACUUCGCCCUCCUCGGGGAUACUAUGCUGCGCUCUGCUUAUGCCGUCUUCGACCAGACCAAUAACGCCAUUCACCUAGCCCAAUACGUCAACUGCGGCACGAACGAGAUGGAGAUCACGCCGACGACGAACAUGACGGCCAUCAAGGGCGACUGCGCCGCGCCCGCCGCCAAGAAUGCGGCCACCUCGAGCGUAAGCGGCUCUACGGCUACCGCGACCGGCUCCGGCGCCGCGAAGACAACGGGAAUCACCGCGACGAGCGGCGCGAGCGGGUCAGCCGUCGCGGAUUCGGAGGCUUCGGGGGCGAGGGCCCGGGUUAGGUGGUGCGUAGGGGCGGGCGUUGCUGUGCUCUGGGGUGCUGUGAUUGUGGGGGGUUUGCUUUGAGGGCCGUGGAUGCGAACGAUGUUCUGUUCUAUUCUAGAAAGCGAUGUUUGAUGAAUCUGAAUGAGCGAUAUUCAUUUGCGAAGCUUUUCACAUGUUAGUAUGGAUAUGAGAUGUGAGAUGUGAGUUGUUACGGACAUUACUCAUGUUUGGGCUACUACACGACACCGGCAUGAGUCACGAUUGACAAGGUAACUGGAUAAAGCCCUGGAAAUCAGUUUC